UUUGAGCAGGGUGCUCUUUGAAGCAUACAAAAAUGAAUUCCUCGGUGCUUAGUGUGCGCCAGGUGGGGCGCCAGGCACGCCCUUUCACCGUGCAGCCGCCCCGUCGCUGCUCCGUCAUUCGCCACAGCCAGGCUGGUGGCGAUGUUCGCGGUAGCAAGAUGGAGAAGGGAAUGUUCGGCGAGAACUUCGGUGCUCGCGACCCCUUCGCUGGCGAGAUUGAGACAAACUUCGGCGAGAAAGUGCUGGGGAACUAUAACACGGAGCACCUUAUCAAGCCCCCGGACACCAUCAAGAGCGUGAUGGGCUUGUCUGCGCGCAAAUGCCAGGAUAACGUGGCGACCCUGAAGGUGCUGUCGGAGGAGCAGCGCGAGCUGCUUCGCAACCAGGUGCCGGGCUGGAAGGUUGCUCAGGGCGCUGAGGGGCGACCCUGCGUCCAGCAGUCCUGGACCCUGAAGGACGAGCCCUCGGCUGUGGCCCUGGCGGCCAUGGUGGCCAAGGUGGCCUCGGAUGAGGGCCACAGCGAGAGCCUGACGCUGACGCACAAGGGCGCUGAGGUCGUGGCGCAGCUGUGCACCAAGUCCCUGGGUGGCCUGACGGAGAACGACUUCAUUGUUGCCUCCAAGAUCAACGACCUCAACCUCGCGGACCUGCUGCCCAAGCGCAAGCAGCGCUUCUGGGCGUAAGCCGGCUCGCAGCGCCGGCACUUGCAUAUGCGCGACGGGCCCGGAGCACGCGCGCACACGGUGGUUGGCACGGCAUUUCGGCUAAGUGGAUGUAUGCGAUAGGCAUGCUGUCAUGUCGGAGCGUCGGAUGAUGGCUUGAACCCACGAGGGUGGGACCGCCUGGCGCGGGUACAAGUAAUAGGGCCGCGAUGUGUGGUGGGGUAUGAGCCUGCAGAAUGCAGGCCCCCGAUUUUCCGGGCUUCCGGACAUGUUUGAGGCUGAGGCCUUCGCUGGAGGUGUAACGUGAUAGCACGUGUAUGAUGCAUUUGAUACCAACUGAUAGGACAAUAAACUCUGGAGGUAAAGGAGUGCAGGCUAGCACUGGUCAAUGCAGUUUUGCAGUCACAGGACACCACGGGAAGCGUCACGUGACACGCCCUUCGUAGCUGCAAUGGUGUUAUGGUGGGCGGCGCUGUGGCGGCAAAGGAGGAAAGCAUGCAGUUGCCGCUGCAGGCAUGGCGCUUUUGAAUUAUGGCGCUACACUAGUAUAACGCUGUGCCGUCAGGCGUCAGGCCCAAUGGUCGUUUCAACGUAUUACCUGA